AUGCUGAAAGAAAUGCAGAUAAUUUGUUUUCUGGCAAUCGUCCCCUGGUUACUUUCUGCCUAUGAGGCCCCUGAAGACAAGGAAGACAUCUUUGCCAGCAAGGCCUGUCCUGCAUUUCUCAUCUUUAACAGUAUUGCCUUCCAAGCUUACAUGACAGUUGAACUUCCUUGUCACUGUAAACCAGAAGAGGCUAACUCAGUUGUUUGGUACUAUCAGAAACAAACUGGCACUAUGAACACCAAGGUCCUCACAGACUUUGAUGGAACUAAAGUGGUGGAAUCAUCCAAAGUUGGCCGAGAUUCGGAUCUGCGCAAUCGUUUUUCCAUCCGGUUGUUUAGCCUGCUGAUCUUCAGGGUUCAGAAAGCUGACUCAGGCCACUAUAUCUGUGGCACAACCUCAGGGGAGUUCUUCUACGGCUAUCAUGUUGACGUCCAGGAGGUCCAUCAGGUUUUCUUUCCCUGGGACCUCAAUCAGAAAACACCAGGAUAUGUAGCAGAUCCCAACAGCACAGAUCUGUUUCAGGUGUUCACCAGCUACAGGGCUUGGUCUACGUGUGAUCGAUGCGACAUUCAGGGAGAGCAGAUCCGUGUAGGUCUUUGUUAUGUCAAAAGCAACUACUUACAUGUACGUUACCGCAGUGAAUUGGAAACAGUGGCUCCCUGUGGCUCUCCAGCCGUUCCCGAGCAGUUUGGACUUUCAAGCAGUACCUGUGGAGCAGAGCUUCAGGUAAGGAGCUGUGACACUGCAUGUCCUUCAAAACCUACAGCAUCCCCAGAAAGAGAAGCUCUGCUAAAUUUCCUGGAGUAUGAUGAUCGAGGUUCAGGUGUCCCCAUCCACUACCAUAACCACCCCAUAGACUCUGAUCUGAUCUUGACCUGCCCUGGCCCCAAACCACAGUAUGCUGUUGCCUGGGAUAAAGGCUCAACACCACUUUACCGCUCUCAGUAUAUGGAGGGACUCAAUAAGACUUCUCGUGUCUUCAUUGACACAGGUCACCAUCUACACUUCAGACCUGUCCGGCUGGAAGAUAAAGGCUCUUAUUUCUGCUGGAUCCAAGGAAAGCUGUCUGCGGAGAUCAGACUGGGAGUAUAUCUGCGUUUGGGCCAAUUGCGCCAAAUCUCUGACCCAGAGUCUCUAUAUGCUUUACAAGCUAUACUUGUUUGCUACAUUGGUAUUACUGUUUUGUUUUUCCUCACGGUGUUAGUGAGAUUUGUUUGGCAGUUAAGCAAGGAAUAAAAGACUGCAGCAAUAACAGAA